AUGAGAAAUCUACAGAACGACCACAUAGUUCGAUUCAUUGGAAUCUGCAUUGAUGCACCCCAUCAGAGCAUCAUUUAUGAAUAUUGUCAGAAGGGCAGUUUACAAGAUGUGUUGGAAAAUGAUCAGAUAAAAUUGGACCACAUGUUUAAGUUCUCACUCAUUCAAGACAUCGUGAGAGGAAUGAAUUACAUACACAACAGCGAGCUGAGAUCGCACGGAAAUUUGAAGAGCUCGAACUGUCUGGUCGACAGCAGGUUCGUCCUGAAAAUUACGGAUUAUGGCGCAAAGUGUCUACAGGAACGCGACGAUCCGGACGACUCCCACGUUUUUUAUAGAUCUAAAUUAUGGACCGCACCGGAGCUAUUACGUCAUCAUUCGCCCCCGCUUGAAGGAACGCAAAAAGGGGAUGUAUACAGUUUCUCCAUCAUCUGCCACGAGAUUGUAUAUAGAAAUGGGCCUUUCUGGGUCGAUGGUCAUAAUUACGAACCAAGAGAAAUCUACGAACGCGUCGUCAACAAGCAGCAGUCGCCACACUUCCGUCCGAGUAUACUCAACAACGAUGACUUCGCCUGCUACGGCGAGGACCUUGUGGCUCUCAUGAAGAAGUGCUGGGCCGAAGAUCCGAACGAUAGAUUCGAUUUUAACUCGAUAAAAACCGUUAUUAAGAGAAUUAACAACUGCGAUAAUAGCGGCAACUUACUCGACAACCUGCUAUCACGCAUGGAGCAGUACGCAAACAAUCUGGAGACGCUGGUUGAAGAAAGGACUGCUGAUUAUUUGGAACAGAAGAGGAAAGCAGAGGACCUCUUGUAUAUGAUGUUACCAAGGUCAGUUGCAAUGCAGUUAAUGAGGGGGCAAUCAGUCGAAGCUGAAAAAUUCGAAAGUGUGACCAUCUACUUCAGUGAUAUUUGUGGAUUCACUGCCCUGUCAUCUGAAAGCACACCUAUGCAGAUAGUUGAUCUGCUGAACGACUUGUAUACAACGUUUGAUCGCAUUAUUGAUCAGUUUGACGUCUACAAAGUUGAGACGAUAGGGGACGCCUACAUGGUGGUCUCUGGUCUGCCCAAGCCGAACGGAACUGCACACGCACGUGAAAUUUCAAGGAUGGCUCUGAACUUGCUGACUGCCGUUACGUCAUUCAAAAUACGUCACAGGCCGAACGCGCAAUUGAAUUUGAGGAUUGGUAUCCAUUCAGGGUCCGUAUGUGCUGGUGUGGUGGGAAUGAAGAUGCCCAGGUACUGCCUGUUCGGUGAUACUGUUAACACGGCUUCAAGAAUGGAAUCAAAUGGAUUACCUCUGAAAAUUCACGUGAGUCCGCAGACGAAGGAACAUUUGGAUGCCUACCAAACAUUCGUCCUUGAACUUAGGGGCCCAGUCACUAUGAAGGGCAAAGGAGACAUAGUCACGUGGUGGUUGCUAGGGGAAACUCAAGAGCAUCAACCAAUUGGAGUAGAGAGUUGA